AUGGGAGGUGCACCCGGCGUUGCUCUCCCAGAGACAUCAACCGUCCUCAAUGCUGGAGAGCACGCAUCGCAACCACAAAGUCGCGACCGUACAGGUUUCCCAAAACAAGAUGGACAGUCACUUUUGUACUGGUUACAGCAAGUUCGAUGCGAUCCACUUCUGAACCAUCGCACUACUGAGGAGCUACCACAAGAAGCCGAUACGGUCAUCGUUGGAUCAGGCAUCACAGGAACCCUUGUGGCUAAGCACCAUCUCGAGACGUUUCCCGAGAAGAAAGUCGUUGUACUCGAAGCGCGGGAGUUUUGCUCUGAUGCAACGGGUCACAACGCUGGUCAUUACAAACCUGAUCAGUGGCGGGGGUACGAGAAACAUGCCAAAGCAUAUGGAAAUGAGCAGGCUGUCAAGAUUUUGGAAAACGAGCAAGCUACGUGGAAAGCGUUGGUGGCGUAUGUCAAGGAGAACAACGUUGAUUGCGAUCUUUGGGUUGGAGAGACUCUUGACGUUCCCCUGGACGACGGAGUUGCGAAGGUAGCCAAAGAAACGUUCAAGAGGUACGCAGAAGCAGGCGGAAAAGUGGAGCAUACCCAGGUUAUCCACAAUCCUGUCGAAGCAGCGCAAAAGUCUCGGAUCAAGAGUGCGAAAGCGUGCUACGCAUGGCAGACGUCGACUCUGCAACCGUGGAAGUUGACUGCACACGUCAUGCGCGGGAACAAUAUCAAGGGCGCCAACAUUCAAACUCGCACUACUGCGAAGUCGAUCUCAGAGGGUACGGGAGUUUGGAAAUGGUUGGUCAAUACGGAGCGAGGAGACAUCGUAUGUGACACUGUUGUGCAUGCUACGAAUGCAUACAGCGCAGUUCUCGAGCCAUCACUUCGCGGUAUCAUCACACCCAAGCCGCAUAUGUGCAACAGAUUAGUUCCGCUGCAGGUCUUCAGCGGCUCCAGAGCUAUCAGAAACUCCUAUAGUAUUCUGCUACCGGAUGGUGCAUUUUCCAGUAUCAAUCCGCGUUCGCCCUCCGAUGGCAACAUCAUGUUCGGUGGCUCCAAUUCAGGACAAAAGGAACUGGAUGCGUGGGUUGAGAAGAACCCAGAAAACUGCAUCAACGAUGGACUUGCGAACCUGGAGACUGUAACAAAGCAUGCAAGAAAGUUGGCAGAAUCACAUUGGAGCGGCAUUAUCGGGCUGAGCGCGGAUGGUGUAUCAUUUGUCGGGGAGCUGCCCGGAGAGCCUGGUCAAUAUAUUUGCGCCGGCCAUCAUGGACAUGGAGUGGGGCGAAUCUUCACAGCAGCGCCUGGCUUGGUGAAGCUUAUGAAUGGAGAAGCCUGGAGCGCGACGGGACUGCCGGAGGUAUACUAGAUCACGGCCGAAAGACUCGAGAAACUGACGAGUAUGGAUUCCGCACCUGCCAUCGCGGUUAUAUGAAGGAGUUCGUAGUUCGCGCAAGCUACAUGACUCGCGCACUUGAACCGUCCCUUUUCCUUCUCUCUAAGCUACCAAAAAUAGCACGCAGAACCACAAGAAAACACGAACAGCGCACAACUUUCUGUAGCCAUGUCUGGGACGCUUGCGCGACUGCAAUUUCGACCCGUCACCUGCAGUGGUUCACGAGCGUAAGAGGCGGUGAACUGUCACAGUCGGAACCGUGAAAUCGCAUGCCACAAUCCACACUUUUCCUCUUUUCUUGCCU